CAAAUUAAGGCAAUGGCUGCUGCAGCUUCUUCCUUCAACACUUUUUCCCUCCUCCUACUCUUGUUUGUGGGGAGCUCCUCUGCUCAGCUGUCCACAAACUUCUACUCAAAAUCGUGCCCCAAUGUCUUUACCACAGUGAAAUCCGCAGUAGGAUCUGCGAUAUCAAAGGAACGCCGAAUGGGUGCCUCGCUCCUUCGUCUCUUCUUCCAUGACUGUUUUGUCAACGGAUGUGAUGGCUCCAUACUUGUUGACGACACAUCCAAUUUCACAGGAGAGAAGAAUGCAGCUCCCAAUCGGAAUUCAGUGAGGGGAUUCAAUGUGGUUGAUGAUAUUAAAUCCAAGGUGGAGAAGGUGUGCCCAGGCGUAGUGUCAUGUGCCGAUAUCUUGGCAAUUGCUGCUAGAGACUCUGUCGUUAUUCUUGGAGGGCCUAGCUGGAAAGUAAAACUUGGUCGAAGAGAUGCAAGGACAGCCAGCCAGGCUGCUGCAAAUACCAGCAUACCCCCUCCAACUUCUAGCCUUAGCAAUCUCAUCUCUAGCUUCCAGUCUAAAGGUCUAUCCACCAAGGACAUGGUUGCAUUAUCUGGUUCGCAUACAAUUGGACAAGCAAGGUGCACUAGUUUCAGAACUCGCAUAUACAACGAGAGCAACAUUGACGGUUCCUUUGCCAAGGCAAGGCAAAGGAAAUGCCCAGCAACUUCAGGCUCAGGAGAUAACAAUUUGGCACCCCUUGAUCUUCAAACUCCUACAGCUUUCGACAACAACUAUUUCAAGAAUCUCAUCAACAACAAGGGGCUUCUGCACUCCGAUCAACAGCUGUUCAAUGGUGGCUCCACAGAUUCCUUGGUCAGAUCAUACAGCAGCAAGCCUAGCACCUUUAUCUCCGACUUCUCUGCAGCUAUGAUCAAGAUGGGAGACAUCACUCCUCUUACUGGCUCCAAUGGAGAGAUCCGGAACAACUGUAGGAGGGUGAAUUAAGGAUAUGAUGGGAAACAGAUUGUGUUAAGGUUUUCUCUGGAUUUUGUUUUUAUGGGUCUUGCGUUCUGUUUGCCUACGAGAGAGGUUGCCAGAAACUAGUUUCUUUUGCUGCCUGUGCCUGGUGAGAGUCAGAGUGCUUCUUCUGAACUACUUCACCAAGUACUUCUGCUUGUGAAUAUUAUUAGCAUGUUUGAUAUUUAAUUUUAAUAAUAAUAUCACCAAUGUUAAGUUGUUAACUGUCAAA